AUGUAUUUCGCAAGGCUAGACGAUUCGCCUAUGUUUCGGCAGCAGCAGAUCCAAUUAAUGGAAGAAAGUGCAGAAAUAUUGAGGGACAGAAGUCUUAAGUUUCAUAAAGGAUGUCGAAAGUACAUUGAUGGGCUUGGAGAGGCCUAUGAUAGAGAUAUUGCAUUUGCAAGUGCACUUGAAACUUUUGCAGGAGGACAUCAUGAUCCUAUAUCCGUAGCAUUUGGAGGUCCUGAUAUGGCAAAGUUUGCAAUUGCACUGAGAGAAAUUGGAACUUACAAGGAAAUUCUGCGAGCACAGGUAGAGAAUAUGCUGAGUGACAAACUCAUAGAAUUUGCCACUGUUGAUCUUCAAGACGUCAAGGAAGCCCACAAGCGCUUUGACAAAGCCACUGUUAUCUAUGACCAGGUGCGCGAUAAGUUUCUUGCUUUGAGGAAGAGUACAAGGAUGGACAUAGCUACUGCCCUCGAGGAGGAACUUCACAAUGCAAGAUCAACUUUUGAGCAGACACGUUUUAAUCUGGUUAGUGCACUCUCGGCAGUUGAGGCAAAGAAAAGGUUUGAGUUUCUAGAGGCCGUUGGCAACACAAUGCAGGCCCAUCUUUGUUAUUUCAAGCAGGGAUAUGAGCUGCUGCAUCAAAUGGAACCAUAUAUUAGUCAGGUCUUGGCUUACGCUCAACAGGCAAGGCAAACUUCCAACUAUGAGCAGUCAGCUCUCAAUGAGCGGAUGCAGGACUACAUAAGGCAAGUUGAUCAAGAAAGUCGAAGGUCUUUUAGUGGAUCUCAUGGUUCUCCAAGUAGAGAUGCGAUGCAGCCUUUUACUAGAGGCUCUCACAAAUUGAUAGAAGCUGUGAUGCACUCUGCUGUUGAGGGAAAGGUACAAACCAUUAAACAAGGAUAUCUUUCUAAACGCUCUUCCAAUUUGAGAGGUGACUGGAAAAGAAGAUUCUUUGUUCUCGACAGCCGGGGCAUGCUGUACUAUUACCGGAAGCAGUGGAGCAGGCCAACUUUCCAAGGUACAAGCAGUCAGAUUACUGCACAUAGAAUGUCCCCCUCUGAACCAGGUUCGGGGCUGUUAAGUCGGUGGCUUUCAUCUCAUUACCACGGUGGUGUACAUGAUGAAAAGUCCGUUGCACGUCACACGGUGAAUCUGCUCACAUCGACAAUAAAAGUUGAUGCAGAACAGUCGGAUCUAAGAUUUUGUUUCAGGAUUAUUUCACCUUCUAAAAACUACACUCUGCAGGCAAUUCAAUUUGAAUCUGCAGAAAAUGCUGCAGAUCAAAUGGAUUGGAUUGAUAAAAUAACAGGAGUUAUUACCUCUUUGCUGAGUUCACAAUCACCUGAAAGGUUCUGCUUUAGUCCGGUUAGUGAAAAUAGUUCCUUUGCAAGUCCUGAUCAUAAUAUAAGGGUCAUCCAAGAAUGCACAUCGGAAAAGGAUCAUAUAGCAAGAGGCAUGUUGCGAGUGAACAGAAGUUCCCUACAGCUGCAGAACAGCUUAAAAAAUGAGAAGCCAAUUGAUGCAUUGAAGAAAUUGCCUGGUAACGAUAAAUGUGCCGACUGCGGUGCACCUGAACCAGAUUGGGCCUCGUUGAAUCUCGGGAUUCUUAUAUGUAUAGAAUGCUCUGGCAUUCACCGUAAUCUUGGCGUGCAUAUAUCCAAGGCAAGUAGUUCUAGUUUUUAUGCACAUAAGCUGCAUGUAAGAUCCCUAACUCUGGAUGUGAAAGUCUGGGAACCUUCUGUGAUUACUUUGUUCCAGGCCCUGGGUAAUGUCUUUGUAAACUCAAUAUGGGAAGGGCUGUUGAGAGCAAGUAGAACUGUUCAGGCAGAUGAACUACCAAUACGGUCAUUUGAAUCUGAUAAGUACAAACAGUUUUUCAGCAAACCACAUCACAAUGAUCAUAUAUCAGUCAAAGAGAAGUUCAUUCAGGCCAAGUAUGCAGAAAAACGUUUUAUUCACAAACUGAAGGACACCCAGCAGCAUCUCCUUUCAGUGGCUCAACAGCUGUGGGAAAGUGUCCGAUUAAACGAUACAAAAUCUGUGUACCGGCUGAUUGUCACUUGUCAGGUCGACGCCAAUGCAGUCCGUGGUCAGGCAUCUUUAACUUUAGCCAACGUAAUGAGAUUGCAUGAUCAUGAGGAUUCUGAUGACAACGAUGACUUCCAUGAUGUGGUAGAUGAUAAUGAUGAUGGUGGUAAUACCUUUUCAAAACCAUCGCUGGUGGGCCCACAAGGAGAAAAUGAGAACCCGUUUGUCGACGAUGCGCUUCUCGAUGGAUGCUCGUUGCUCCACCUGGCGUGUCAAACGGCAGAUAUUGGCAUGGUUGAGCUUCUUUUGCAGCACGGGGCAAAUGUUAAUGUUUGUGACUCGAGGGGCCAAACCCCACUGCAUCACAGUAUUAUGAGGAGUAGAAUUGGAAUUGCAAAGCUGUUGCUCAUGAGAGGAGCCGAUCCUGAAGCCAUUGACAAAGAAGGUAGAACUCCUUCACAGCACCUUGCAGAGUCCUCCAUUGAUGAUGUCGAGCUCCUUGCCCUUAUGAAAAAUGCUCAUAAUCAUAGAUAG